AGAACUGUCAUUUUCCCGUCAAAACAAUCCACCUAAAGAAAAAUCACGAAUCAUUCCCCUCACAUGUCUGUCACCAAUCUUUGGCUACUUCACUUAGUGAAAACCCCUUUCAACAUCGUUGAAGACAAUUGAAAUAAGUGUAAGUGCAAUCAUCAGUAUCGAAUACUCCAUCUGGACGAUGAGAAACAGACAAAGAGUUUGACAGUGACGGGAAUGAAGCGCAGUAUUCGUGCUGGAUUCAUCCUAAUUGCCCUCAAAUACACAAUAUUCAGUUAUUUCGUGCUGGGAUAUUUCCGAAAUAAGGUGGAGCCAAAGCCCCCGAGUGACAUUCGAUAAUUCGCAUAAUUCUAGGGAGAGUGGAGGGACAAUUAGGGCGCAGCUCCGAAAAAAAAUGAGGAUGGAAAUUCUCGAGUCGUGGAAAGGGGAAAUCAGUGGUUGACACAACUGGGAGUGGGGAAAGUCGUGAAUUUGCGUCACAAUUGAAUUUUCCAUAAUAUUAAUGUGUCUGCAGUGAGGUUUUCAGCCAUAAUGCGCAUCUGUAUACACACGAUUUAGUGAGGAAUAUCAUGUUUCGUUGAAAUAUCGGGAUCCGCAAUAACUCGAAGGUAGAAGGAUGUAUGGAGGUGGUGAGCAGACAGUGUCAGAGCCCUGGCGCAAGGCUCUGGACCUGGGAACAACUGCUGAUCCUAACGCUAGCUCAUCGACUGACGAUGAUGACCACUUUUGUAAGCUCGUGCUGUAUAAGGAGAUCCAAGAGUCCAGGGUACGAAUAUGGGAUUUAGUGAUACUGAUACCAAAUUUAGUAUUUCUUUUAUUCAUCCUUGUGAGAUUCAAUCGUGCUAGGCUCAAGUUACGUGCAACAAGCAGUCCAAUAUAUUUAGCAUUUUACGGACUCGUCUUCUGUAACAUUGUAAUAUCAGUGGUGAGAUGUGUAGUGUCAAUGACAGUUAAUGCCGCUGCUGAUGUUGGUGGAAAAAUAGACAAAGUGUUGUGGGUGACAGUUAGGUUUUUUCUCCUCUCCACAGAGAUGAGUGUCGUCAUAUUUGGACUGGCAUUUGGGCACCUGGACAGUCGCUCCAGCAUUCAGAGAGUACUGGUGGCUACCUCGCUCAUAUCCCUAGCGUUCACAAUCACUCAGGGUACACUUGAGUUGGUUUUACCUGAUGACACAUUCCACAUUCCUAGUAGAGAUUUUUACGUAUUUGGACAUGGAGGUAUGAUGUUCUGGUUCUGCAGCAGUCUCGUAUUCACGCUUAUAUACCUUUUCAUACUUAUUCUACCGAGGACAAGACUACGGGAAAGAUUGAAUUUACCUACGAAGAAGAGUUUUUACAUCUACGUUGGGGCUUUAGCAGCCUUAAACCUGAUACAAUCAAUCGGUGCAGGACUCUUGAAUUACACUCAGAACCCAGCUGGACUGUGCGUCGUGGAUUUCACAGCUGUCCUAUACCUGACGUUUUUUACCCCGCUCGUUUACCAUACCUUCUUAUCAGAGGUCUUUGGAGUAUCCCAGCCAUCAAUUCAGUUCUCCUACAAAGCCCAGGUGGAUGAUGGAAUGGAAGAGGACACAGUGUCACUCCCCCAUCAGCAGAGUUUCUCAUCAUUGAAAACAGACAGCGACUACAUAUAUCAGAAUCACAGUGUGUAUGACUCAACACAAUUCGACACCCAUGCAACCCCGGUCAACCCGCUUUACGCGGCUUCACUCCAGAGUCCAGACAGCAUUACUGGUUACAGUAUAGACAGUCAAGAGGCACACCACACCAAUGGUUACCAGCAAUGAAUGAUGUUCAUUAGAAUCCAUCCGCAAAAACGAUUAUUACAGUAAAAUACGAGAGAACUUAAAUCGGUAAAACAUUUAUCAGAUAGUGGACUCUUUUCCUUGCGAUUUGUAAAGUUAUUUUUUGAUUUAUUCAAAGUCGUUAGUGUUUAUCAUUCGAUCAAAAUACUCUAGUCAUUUUUACCGCUUUCCAUGUCUCGAGAAAUUUGUAUUCAUAGUUUUAAUCGAAACUUUUCUGUAGCGAAGUGACACAACAAGAUAACGCAGGUAAAUUUGACUGAAAAUUUUUCUUGUUGAUUGUUUUUUUCUCUCCAAAUUUCGAUCAAUAGAAAUAUCGAGGUAUAUUUAUGAAUACAGUUUAUACAAUAGGAAAUGCAUCAAAUAUUUCUCAAAAUAAAAUGGAUUUCUGAGGGAAAAAACCGCAGAAAAAGGGGAUUUUUAAUGUUUCUCCCGUAUCUACUUUCAUUAUAAUUUUUCGAAUGAAAAUAAAGUUGACUCGCCUUGUUUUGUCACUUCAUUUCGGAGUUCAUCUUAGAUACGAGAAACAGUCAGGGAGGCUGUGAAUUGUAACGGGAGUCAAUCCAAAUAUUUAGAUCUUGCGUUCUAGAUAUGGGAAUAGUGAUCUAUUCAUAAUUUUGUACUUAGAAACGAAAAAAUGAUAAAAAAAAAUUUAAUAACUGGCGAAUGCCCCAAAUUGAACUGAUUGUGAGAAUUUUUGAAAAUCAUUGAAUGCAGUUUCCGUUAGUUUAAGGUCUUCGGGGAGAGGAUAAUUGAAUUGGUGAGGUUCAGGGUGAGGACGAUGUCCUCACGACAUUCUCGAUUUAUAAUUUUCCGUCCUUCCCAAACGUAUACGAUUUCCUGUGGAACAUUCAAAAUGCCAGACAAGAUGCGCUCGGAAAAGAAAAAUAUACAGAUGACAGCAGCUGGUUGUCAUCUGUAUCUUUAUCUCUAGCUAUUUUUUUACUUUUGCAUCAAAACUUGGCUUAGGAAAUUGAAAAGGGAAAUUGAAUGAUGUUAAGUUGGUGAGUGCAACUCGUGAUAAAUAAGCUUAGUUUCAGUAGCGAAGUGGUGGUUUAUUAGUUUGUAAUUAAUUUAUGGUAAGGGUAGAGGUACUUUAAGUCUAUCGAUAUUUGAUUUAUCCAGUGAAAUGCUCUCCUACUUUUGUAGUCGAAGCAUUUUGUCUGCUAAUUUCCGAUAUUUUACAAUGAUUUUAUUACUCGAAUUGUUCAGAUCGGAACUUGAAUCUUAAAAUAGCGUCGGAAGUGUUUGAAUAAUUUUCAUUAUUUAUUCAUAAACAACGAAUUGAUCACGUUUCGACUCAUUACGCUCGGCCACUUCGCUACAGGUAUGUGUUAAUUGAGGAAUCCACGGUUAAUUAAAAAUUAUAAUCAACGGUUCCAUCCAAACUGUAUAUAGCAAAUACCUAUGGGUGAAUGUGAAGAAGAAAACCUAUUCGUAACAAAUGUAAUCGUCUGUAAGUCUACAAAUAUCAUUGGUUACUGAUGCAAUUGAUGUACAACGAGCAGCUGCUGACUUGCGAUCUCUCCUCAUAAUUGUCCGCUGAUAAUAAACCAGAAAUCCAAAGAUGAAAAAAAAAACGUCAAACUAAAGGUAAUGAAGGUCAUAAACUCCGAGAGAAGAACGAAGUGAUUUCAGCGAUUGAUGAAUCUCGUUUGAAUUACAUGAAUCAUUCUAUCAGUGAAAGCUUCGACGAUCCAUUCGAAAAUUUCGUAGCAAGAAUCAAUUGGAAGUAAAUUCUUCGGAUGUCUAUAACAACUCAGCUGCUGAGACAAUGGACCUGAGAGUAUAGGAGAAUGCAACGAUGGUUUCGCUACAGCAGAGACCCUAUGUGUAGUUAUAAUUCACUUGUCGUGAUGUUAAACAAAAAAAAAAAGUCGAUACGCAAACUCUGUAGCGAAUAUCUUUCCCAUCACCGAUGGAAAAAUUUCAAUUCUUCCAAUUUGGAAAACGUUAUGACAUGUAUAUACCAUCAAUUCAUAAAAUGUAGUGUACAAAUUCUCAAUUAUCAUUCAAACGUAAAAAUAAAACGAAAAAAUAUUCCCGUUUCUCAGGAUUUCUCUGCUAUUGAGAGUUACCGAGGAAGAUAAAAAGGGCGACUCUGCCAACGUGAAUUUUUGUACCUAUCGAAAUGUCUCGAUAGCAAUAUAUAAUAAACUAAUCCUAAGACAUCUAGCAUUAAAGGAGAUACUGGCAAUAAA